CAUUCUUGGCAAGUCGAUAACGAUUGGUUCAAAACAAAGAUGGCGGCGCCCAUGUCAGCAUUAUUACAAAUGCUGUUAAUUUUAUGAUUGCCAAGAAUGGAUCAACAUUGAAGAAUGAGAGCAUUUAGCAAACUUAUUCAAGAAUGUACAUGUCAACGGUGGAAUUUUGCUGUUGUCAGAAGUUACUCAAAGAAAAUAAAUGUGGCUGUAGAAGGCAACAUUGGCAGUGGAAAGACAACUUUCCUGAAACAUUUCCAUGAGCUGAGUCCAUUAGUCGAGGUUACAGAAGAACCAGUCAAUUGCUGGAGAAACUUUGGUGGAACAAACCCAUUGGCCAUUCUUUAUGAGAACCCCAAGCGCUGGUCAUUCACAUUCCAGUCCCUUGUACUUCUAACCCUUCUGAAGGGACAUUCACAGCCUCAGAGGAAGCCUAUUCGUGUCAUGGAACGAUCUCUGUACAGUGCCAAGUAUUGCUUCAUACAGAAUCUCAAAGACAGGGGUGUGUUGUCAGACAUGGAAUAUGCAGUAUUGUCAGAGUGCUUCACACAUGUUGUACAGUGCUGCCACCUUGACCUUGUUGUUUAUUUGCGGACUUCACCAGAGAAAUGUUUCGACAGAAUACAAGCUCGUAAUAGACCAGAAGAACGUUUAGUUACUAUGGACUAUCUACAGCAGCUGCAUAAUUUACAUGAAGCCUGGCUUGUAGAGUCUGACAAAGGAAGUUCCAUGGUUAGACCACUCGUCUUGGUUGUGGAUGGCAACAGAAGCUUAACUGACAUGAGUGCAGGCUUUUCCCGUGUGGCUUCUGCAAUGGUCAGUCUUUUACAGGACAAGAAUACUGUGGGGCAAGCACCUGCUCCUGUUGAUUCGAGGAAGUCAGUAGUGAAACAGGUGUUGGACAAUAGUACUGAAUUGAGAGAAAUCAAAACGAACACAUCCACAUAGGCUUGAUUUAGGCGAUAGUUACACCAAAUCAAAAAUCUGAAAUCCAAUGGUUGCUUUAAAGGCAUUUAAUGGGUAUUUUUGUGUUCAUGGUAAUUUAUAAUAAAGUGUUGUUAUUUUUGUUACUAGUAGGUCCUUUUGCAUUAGGUGGUUGUUUUUAUUGGCAUUAAAAGACAUUCUGUGUUCAUGCUUAUAUGUAUUCAAGCUAUAUUCAAUUAUAUGGGAAACAUAUGUAUAUUCAGUGAUUUAAAGUAUAUAUAU